AUGGCAUAUAAGACCGACAACCCACUCAAGAAAGCGCUGUACUGGCUCUGUCUCUUAUGGAUGAUCGUAGCCAUCGGAGCGCUCGUCAUGGUGAUCACCGUCUGGGUGAUGAUCAUCGCGCAGGAUCUCGACGUUUUCCACGAUACGAUGGGGUAUUACCUUGGGAACGAUAUCUUGAGGUAUCCUCCAGGAGAUCCAAACAAUGGCUAUGUCGACAACACCAAUAUUCCAAAGCAUCUAGGAGGAGCAGUCUUCGCCACGGUCUUUGGUAUCGCCAUGAUCAUCUUCUGUCUCUUUGCGCUUGCCGGUGACAUCUUCUGGCGCUUUCCUUACGCUAGGCAAUGGCUUGUGUGGACCGCUGCGUUGGGUUUACAGACGGCUGAUGAUCUGACGAAAUACGAAUACGUCUUUCUCUGGGCCAACGCACUCCUCAAGCUGUUCAUCGUCACGGCAACAGGAAGCAAAGCAUGGAGCGGUCUAAACCCUAAUCACCCAGACCUACGAACCCCAACAUUCGCACUUUACGCUACUUUCAUUCUCCUAGGAUCCAUCUUGGUGACAUUUGCCGUUGAAGCGACUCUCAUCAAGUGGCACAAGAAUGAAGAAUGGGCAGCGUCCGAAGCUGAAAAGGCCAAGGGUAAGAAGUAGGGUCAGAUGGUGAGAUCAAGCGUCAGAGUGUGUAGCGAGAGCAUGUCUUUUGUGAGAUCAUGCAUCGCAACGAGUCAGCU